GCUAUUGCCCAGAGUCCUCACUAUUUCCAGUCUCAAAGCAAAAAUGGGUGCAACGAUCCUGUUUGUGACCCUACUGGGAGCUUUUAUUCAUCCUUUACUUGCAGAUGAGUCAUACCAAUAUGCCGAACAAGGACCCAACGGAAUAACGAUGUACCACACAGUGAACAUUAAUGAGCAAGUCAAGGUUGUCGUUUUUAACGUAUACUCAGGCAAGCAAUCAGCUAAUGCAGUCUUUGAUUACAGGCAGAAUAUUAUUGCCUACCAUAUGCCUUACAGAGGGAUCUGUGUCGUGGCUCACAUGGAUAUCGCCACCUUCCCAGGACUAGGAAUUUUUAACAAAUUCAUUCACACCAAGAGGGAGAAAGAAAAGGAGCUGAAUAAGUUGCUGAAACACUACGAAAUCACCAACCAGCAAGUAGGCGAUCUGUCCCAGUUUGGGAAUGCCGUGGAUGGACUAUGCUGGGGAGUCCCCACUUAUUGGGCUACUGAGAAACCUAGGCCAAGGGCGGGCUUCGGAGCUCAGGGUUGCGCUGGAAUACAUUUCCUUUUCAUACAUGUCGGAUUGUGUGCAGGGUUUCAUUUUUAAUGCCUGCAAUAAGAACAUCAUGGAAGGGGGCAAAAUCUCUGCAAGUCCAGGCCACAGAAUCAGAAUCAUCUAUUUCAUUUAUAUCAACGUGAGAAAAACACCUAGAGCAUUUCUCUCUACUCAGGGACUCAGUGUAACUCAAUGUAAAUUGUAUGUGCUCUAUAUUCUUGUUACUAUGUCUUCCCUGUGGUCAGUCUGUGCAUUGGACUAUAAUAAAAUAAGGAUUGAAGAUAA